GCAAUAACGAACUAGUAUAACGCAAGCUGUAAAAUGUUUCUGAUUGGACUUCUUCCACUUCUCUAUAUUUUUUUACCAAUUCAUUCACACGACACCUGCGAGACCUUACAAACCUGCCACGAAUGUAUCCAAACACCUGAAUGCUUUUGGUACUUGGGAAAGAAUGUGACAGACAGCCGUUGCUUCCACUACAAUGCCAAUACCACCGAAAAAUACAAAGAACACGUUUACAAUCCCAACAGUACGGUAAAUUUCGUCAAACACAAUCUACAAAAAAGGAUUCUGCAACUUCGUAAAAAUAUUCCGGUUGUUCUGGAAGUCAUACUGACGGUUCCACAUGACACAAUUCUCGUCCCAGAUGUAGAACACAUUGAAAUUCAAUUUACUCGUAGCACGUCUAAACAUGGUAAAAUUAAAAUUGAAGCAGUAAAGUGUCCUGAAAAUCCUUCAAAACUCAACCAAGAAAUCCACCUCUUCACAAAAAAAUCUUUUCAAAAUCUGACUCUAGAAAUAGAACUUUUAUGCACAUGUCCUUGUGAAAAACCAGAAAAAAGUAAUUUCAAUCAUCCCCAAUGUUCCGGUCGAGGUACUUUAAAAUGUGGAAUUUGUAAAUGUCAUUCUGGAUUUGGAAAAUUUUGUGAAUGUAAUCAGCCUGCAGACCCUAAAGAAUGUUUUCACAAAAAUAAAGAAUGCUCUGGAAGGGGUACCUGUAUGUGUGGAGUUUGUGAAUGUGAUAUAAGAGAAAAUUAUGGAGAGAGAAUUUUUGGAAAAUUCUGCGAAUGUGACAACUUUUCAUGCAAACGUUUCAAAGGUAAAAUCUGUGGAGGAGAUGAUCACGGAUUUUGUGAUUGUGGACGCUGCAUGUGCUUUCCAGGAUGGAAAGGAAAAAAUUGUGGUAGUCGCGAUAAUUGAUCACGUUUUCUCAUGUUAUAUAUAAUAAAAGAAAAACAGAUGUUUUCCAAUUGAA